AUGUCAGCAAGCGAUGGGGCCAGUGUUGCCGCUCAAUUGACGGGAGCAGGAGGGCAGCAAGCUCAAAUUCCCAAGACUGAGACGUCCAAGGACGUGCAAAACGAGCGCCGACAGACAUUCAAGCGCCGCCAUGGCUUUCUCGUGGGCUUCUUUACUUUGGUUCUAGUGUUCCACGUUCUGGGCAUUUUUCUCUUCCUCAGUGGCUUCCUCCUGACCCGCCUGGUCCUCGACCACAAGUCCGAGUGCGCGGUCCCUCCAGUUGCUCUCGGCUCGUCAUACACGCCCGGCUCGGUCGACGAUGGCUGUUGGCAUCCCAAGUCCUUCGACAAGGCCGUCGUCAUCAUCGUUGACGCUCUUCGCUACGACUUCACCGUGCCUUGGUCGCCAAAGCACCCGCAACACGUCUCCCAGCACUUCCACAACGCCCUGCCCAUCUUCUGGGACACUGCCGUAGCUGAGCCCGAGAAUGCCUUCCUCUUACCUUUCAUCGCCGACCCGCCCACUACAACCCUGCAACGUCUAAAGGGGCUGACUACCGGCACCCUGCCAACCUUCAUUGACGCAGGCUCAAACUUUGCUGGAACUGCCAUUGAAGAAGACAACCUGGUCGCACAGCUCAAAGCUGCUGGCAAGAGAUUGGUCCAUCUCGGAGAUGAUACAUGGCAUUCGCUAUUCCCAGGAUACUUUGAUCCUGAGCUCACUCGCGCUUACGACUCAUUCAACGUCUGGGAUCUGCACACUGUCGAUAAUGGCGUCAAUGACCACAUCUUCCCUCUUUUGCACUCCUCGAACACGUCUUCAUGGGAUGUCAUCUUCGGUCACUACCUGGGCGUUGAUCAUGCUGGCCACCGCUACGGUCCUGAUCAUCCUGCAAUGGCUUCCAAACUUCAAGAGAUGAACACCGUUUUCGAGAGAAUGAUUGCAGAGCUCGACGACAAGACUCUCCUCGUUGUCAUGGGUGACCACGGUAUGGAUGCCAAGGGCGACCACGGUGGAGAGUCGGACGAUGAGGUAGAGGCUGCUUUGUGGAUGUAUUCAAAGCAAGGCUUGUUCGGUCGUCGCGAUGAGUCUGCCACAAAGCCUCCGUUCACUGCCAAAGAAAGACCCGUUGCUCAGAUCGAUCUCGUCCCUACACUUUCUUUGCUUCUCGGCAUGCCCAUUCCCUUCAACAACCUUGGUCGACCCAUUGAAGAGGCUUUCAUUGGCAGAAAAUCCAAUAAUUACCAGAACCUCGCUCAAGUCAGUCACUUGACUGCAGCCCAAAUCCACAGAUAUCAGAAAGAGUAUUCGGCUGUUCGCAAGCUCGACUCGGCCAGCACUUUGCCACCUGAGACCCUUUGGGGAGCUGCUUCCAAGGUAUGGGACGAGAUUGAGAAGUCAAAGAAGCCUUCUCUCGAGCUCUGGCAAGCCGCAUACGCCCAGUUCAGUGCCUAUCAGCAGGAGAACUUGCGCGUAUGCAAGAGUCUUUGGGCUCGCUUCGAUCUCACCAGCAUGGCUAUGGGUAUCAUUCUGCUCACAGGCGCACUGCUCACUAUUGCACUCUUCGCGAAUGGCUUCAGCGGCGAUCGUGGUGACAUCGUUUCUGGACUUUGCAUUCGCGGUAUCAUCGGAAUGGUCGUUGGAGCUGGCGCUGGUCUUUUCCUUGGAGGCGUGACAUCCGUCUCUUGGAUCAACUCUGUUGCCUUCUUUGCGGGGUUGAGUGGUAUUCUGGGCUCCCUCUCUUGCUUUGCAAGCACGCCAUCAACACUUCGUGUGCCUCUUCCUAAUUCCUUCUGGGGUUGGAUCUGCACCAUCCCGCCGGUUCUUCUCUGCAUUGGCUUUGCCUCGAACUCCUUCACCAUCUGGGAGGACGAGAUUCUGCUGUACAUGCUGAGCUCGAUCGGCGCAUUGAUGCUUGCUUCUUCGCUACGCCUACAAAAUCCUCAGGAGCGCCUGCUUGGCUCCUGGCAUUCUCUGUCUUUCAUCGUUUUGACCCGUCUGGCAUCUCUUUCUCGCCUCUGUCGUGAGGAGCAAAUGCCCUUCUGCAGAUCUACUUACUACGCUUCGGCGACCUCUUCGACCUCGGCUUGGUGGCAGCUCACCAUUCCUUUCAUCAUUGCUGUGAUUCUGCCAAGUGCGAUUCGCGACUUCUUUGCCCGUACCAAGAACUACCAAGGCACAGCCGUGUUGUGGUUGAGUAUUGCUUUCCGUAUCGGCCUUGUCUUCUCUGCAACUUAUUGGAUCCUCGACGCAGCUGACGACAACGAAUGGGUUCCUCAGAUCUCCAGCGAGAGCCUGAAAACAAUCCGCGUUUUCAUCGCACAAGCUAUCUUGGCAAUUGCAUGGGCAGCUGGAUACAGCGCUUACCUUUACUCUGCGCCUUUCCUGGGCAUCGAGACAGAAACUCCUGCACCCGAAACCGAACUCAUGGAUCCUACCGACCCUACUUCAGCCAUGUUCACGCCAGUCAAGCCUCAACAGCGUAAGAAGCUCAUAAUUCUGGGUUAUGCCAACACUCAUGGCACCCGAUACUUCCUCCUUCCCACCAUCUGGGCGCUGGUUCUUCUACUUCUCCAAAAGCCUAUGGGUCAAGGCACGCUUGCUCUCUGCUUGCUCAGUAUUCUCAACUUGCUUGAAAUCAUAGAUGCCAAUGACCUUCGUAACUCACCUCUGGGACCUGUUACAUUAGCUUUGAUGGCAGGCUUCUACUUCUUCAAGACUGGACAUCAAGCUGCCCUUUCAUCAAUCCAGUGGGAGUCGGCCUUCAUCCCGCUGAAGACCAUCAAAUAUCCUUGGUCGCCCAUGCUGGUCAUCAUCAGCACCUUUGCGCCUUACAUCCUCUGUGCGCUCGCUGUUCCUACAAUUGCAUUCUGGAAGGUUCCUCCUCGCACUCCGGGCUUGUUGAACCACGUUGCCAAGGCACUUGCAACUCAUGUAGUCGUCUACGCUGCUAUCGCGCUUGCGACCGUCAUUGAGGCUGCCUGGCUUCGCCGGCACUUGAUGCUUUAUCGUAUCUUCAUGCCUCGCAUGUUGCUCGGUGUCGUGGUGCUCCUUGUCGUCGAACUAGUCGGCGUGAUUGUUGGUCUGCUUGGCAUCAGGAGCAGUAUUCGCAGCGUGGCAGAGGUGUUUGGCUGGGGUCCACUGGCAGAGGAACUUCCUGUGCCGGAACCUCAACCUGCUGCCGCGGAGCCAGCUACAACAGCAGAGGCAUCAAGCGCCCCCGAGGACGUCAAACCAGAGUAA